AAACCGGAGCACAGACGAUUACCGCACCUUCUCUUCCUCUCUGAUUAAAAUACAGAGCCUCCAAAUUUAUUUGAUCGUUACAAAGGCCAGAGCUUUGGGUUUUCUCGAAUGUUAUUUUCAAUCUGGGUUUUGAGAAUUGGUGGGUUUUUGUGAUUAGGUUUCAACAAAUUUUGGUUUCGAGAUCCACCGUUGUGUUGGGUAAUGGAAUAAUAAACUUUCAUCGAUACGAACAAGACAAGAGACAAUCAUCUUCAAUUUCAUACUGUCGUUGUUCUUGCUCGCCUGUGUAAUCAUCGUUUGUUUUUGAGCGUGGGAGAAUAAAAAGGAAUCGUUUUUUCGUUUGUUUUAUUGAUGGAAGAAGUGAACCUGGAUUUGAAUUUUGGUCCUGAGCCUGAGGCAAGUCUCGAGCCAGCAACGAGUAAUGUUGCUGCGGGUUUGUCUGAUGUGGCUAACGAACCAUUUAACAGAGACUCUGAGUCUCUGAGAAGGCUUAGGACACGGCUCAGGUCAAGUUUCAGACGGAAUAACAGUCUCCCAGCUCUUGCGGAGUUUCGUAACCCAAUGAUAGAAUCGAGUCAGUUAAUAAUCAGUUCUGCAAAUGGAGCUGCCUUGACAGCUGGUGGAGAAAGAGACAGCGAGGAGGACUCGAACAAGUGUGAGAAUGGGAGCAAAGUGAUGGAAGAAGAAGACUGUGUAAGGGAGGAGAAGAGUGUUGGAAGUAAAGGGAGCUUUUACGAUUGUUAUAUAUGUAUGGACCUGUCCAAGGAACCAGUUGUGACUAACUGUGGCCAUCUUUACUGUUGGCCUUGCCUUUACCGCUGGCUAGAGGUUUCAGUGGCGAAGGAGUGUCCGGUUUGCAAAGGGGAAAUAUCUGUGAAAACAUUAACUCCUAUCUAUGGCCGUGGAGGAAAAAUCAAAACAGAAUCUGAAGAGGUUUCAGACACCACCAACAAGAAGAAGAUCCCUUCAAGACCCCAAGCAAGGCGGGUUGAGAGAGUGAGGAGGAGUACACUUCAGAGGCCAGGUUAUGUAGGGUCGGAGAUUAUUAACCGGUUUAUGACUUCGAGGAGAGUUAGAGCAGAGCAUAACCAGUCCAGUGCAGCGGUGGUUGCACCGGUAUAUGAAGAAGGAAGUGAAACCAUGAGUGCUAUGUCAAUCUGGAGAGAGAUGCUGAGAGGGAGAACUGCGAGGAACCAAGAGCGAAACAACGUUGCUAGUGUUGAAGACAGAGAAUCGGUCUCAAGCAUACUAGGUGUAAUGAACUCGGAGAGUCAAGCUGAUACUGCGGCUGAGAUUGAUUCUAUGGUGACUGUUUCUAGUUCGUCUGUGGGAAGACCACAUGAGAACGGUUCAAGGGUCUCUGACGUUGACAGUGCAGAUUCUCAUCCAUUGAGGAGGAGGAGAUUGGCUUAGGGUAGUUGAAAGCUGCAAUCUUAAUUGUUUUGGUUUUAGUUUUUUUUUUUUUUUUUUGGUAUUUCUUCUAGUUUAUGCUUAGAGAUGAUUUUUGAGUCAAAUAUUAAUAACAUAUUCAGUUUCUAAUUA